UAUGAAAUAUAUGAAUACUGAUAUCACAUGAGCAUGUUGUCACGGGGGGUGACAGCAGAAUCACAUACGCAUUAACUAUUCACGAGGAGCUACUAAAUGUGAGCUAACACUGUCUCGCAUGACCUACACACAUUUCCCACACAAAUUACUGAUCACUGUAUGUUAUGAUAUUCACAAGCAUACACAUGAAAUAAAAAAUGAAGACGUCAAAUGAAACUACAUAAGGAAUGUUUAAACUUAGACUCGAAAUAUUAUCGUUACUUAAUCGAAUAUCGUUGACCUAACGCAAUUAUUUGAUUCAUGCAAAACGAACCAAUAAUUAUUGAAUUACGUAGAUUUCUUUAGAAGGUAAUAUAUAAAAAGAUUUCAACUAUAACCAAUAUGGUAUAUCAUUUAACACAUUUUUCCACUUACUGUUUGUCGGGAAUGAUAAUCUAUAGCAAAUAUUGGAACUGAAAGUGUCAAGAUCCUGAAACAUGGAUACAGUCAAUAAAGAAAGAAAUGAAAAUGCGAUCAAUAAAGGGUUGAAUAAGACGAAUACUCUCGAAGAGUUCUACGCCGGUAGUGGGAUUCUUUUGACUGGGGCAACCGGAUUCAUUGGAAAAGGUCUCCUGGAAAAGCUGCUCCGCAUGUGUCCGCGCAUCACUACCAUUUUUAUACUUAUUCGCGCAAAAGCUAACGAAACGAUAGAACAACGAAUUAAGAAGCUCAUAGAUGAUCCCAUGUACGAUGACAUCAAAGCAAAACAUCCCUCAGUUUUCCAUAAAGUCUACCCAGUUAAAAGUGACAUGAGUCUAUCGAAUUUAGGUCUCUCGCAAGAAGAUAGAAAUCUGUUGUUAGAGAAAGUAAACAUAGUGUUUCACGCCGCGGCGACUGUGAGAUUCAACGAACCGUUACACGUGGCUGUUAAUGUGAAUACAAAAGGUACCGCUCGUGUCAUCGAGCUUUGGAGCGAACUAAAGCAUCCGAUUAGCUUCGUCUACGUUAGCACAGCUUAUAGUAAUGCGAAUCUACAUGAGAUCGGGGAAAAAGUUUAUACCACGAGCUUGAAACCUUCGGAAGUAAUAGAUAUGUGUGACAAAUUCGACAAAACGUCGAUCAACGAAAUAGAAAAAAAGAUUUUAAAAACUUAUCCAAACACAUACACAUUCAGUAAGAAUUUAGCAGAGCAAAUCGUAGCAAGCAGGUGCAGAGAUUUGCCAGUUGCUAUAGUGCGGCCAAGCAUAGUUGGCGCCUCAUUGGAAGAACCAUGUCCUGGUUGGAUACAGAAUAUUUCAGGAUUUACAGGUACCCUUCUACUAAUCGCCAGAGGAUGUGCAACAGCAAUUCGCGGUAGGAAAGAUGCAAGAGUGGAUGUAGUGCCUCUGGAUUUCGUAGUCGACAUGAUAAUAUGUAGUGCAUGGCAUGUCACGCUACAUCCUAAGCACGAAGUUAAAGUUUACAACUGCACGAGUAACGCUAAUCCUUUUAGAUGGGGUCAGAUGAGAGAUGCCAUAGUGAAAUGUAGCAUAGAAACGCCACUGAACGAUACGCUAUGGUACCCGGGUUGUCCAAUAAUAGCUAAUAGAUAUAUUUACAAGGUUCGGAGUGUAAUUCCAUAUAUUUUGCUUGCGUUCGUCAUAGAUAUCUUUUUAAAGCUCCGAGGUAGUAAACCAAUAAUGAUGAAACUUCUCAAAAAUGGCAAUAAGCUGUUCACAUUGGUAGCAUAUUUCGCCUUAAACGAAUGGACUUUCCAAAGGGAUAACUGUUCCAACUUGGCGAGGAAGGUAAAAAUGUUGAACGAUAGCGAUAUGGUCAAACUAGAUUUACGGGAUAUGAAUUGGGAAAAAUAUGUCGCAAUUUACCUAAUGGGAAUUAGGAAAUUUACCUCGAAAGGAGACUUUAAGUCAACAGCCCGACAACGGUUAUCAAGGUUGUACUGGAUACAUCAGGUUACCAAAAUAUCCGGUAUAAUAAUGUUAUUAUUGAUAAUAUUAUGUGUUGUUUAUUGACUAAAUGAUCGUUACCUUCUUCUCUUUAAAGCAAUAUAACCAAAAACAAUAUAAAUAUUAUAUAAUUUUAUAAAGAAGUGGUUCUUAUCCGUUUUAUUUUAUCUUUCCACUCGUCUAACUAAAUCUCAUUUCUAACUAAAUUCAUUUAUGACAUUGCUUAAUAAGUAUGUGUGUAUUUAUAUGUGCUUGGUUUUUGAUUUAUAAAUAACUCAUACAUGAUGAUUUCUCUACUCCUCGAUAUUUGUAGUAUAAUAACAUUUGCAAACAUUGAUACAUGAUCUUUAAGUGUGUAUUUAGAAAUCACUUCUACAUAAAAAUUCUACAACAUGUCUUCAUGUAAUGCUAAACAACAAAAGAAUUAUAUAGAG